GCCCCGUAGCGACUGGGCCGCCGGGUUCCACGUCGGCCGCGCAGGCGCAGCAGCGCCUCCGCUCACCUGCUGCGGGGAGGGGGCCGAGAGGAGGAGGAGGGGGAGGGGGCGGCGGCGGCGGCGGCGGCGGCGGCGGCGGCGGGGGGAGGAAGGCCGCGCCGCGCCGCCAUGUUCAAGAAGCUGAAGCAGAAGAUCAGCGAGGAGCAGGCGCCGCCGCGCCGGGCCGCCCCCCUGCAGCCGCAGGGAGCUGCGGAGCGGGCCCCUUCCAAGUCCCCUCCACUGUCUGACAAAAGAAGUAGAACAUCUUCGUUUACAGAUCAGAAUGAUGAAGGCUCCUUAACUCCAGACAAAGAGCUGCUAGCCGGGAUGAUAGCAGAACCCGCUUUUCUCUCUGAGUAUACUAUCUUUGCUUUGGAUCCCACCAAACAACCUAAGCCACAGAGUGACGGUGUGAAUUUACCUAAGCAACCAAUUCCCAGAUCUGCAGAAAACAAUGGAAGUGAACCAGCCUCUCCACAGCCAAGUGACACUCAGUCUUUCGCCCAGCGCCUUCAGCUCCGUGUGCCCUCCAUGGAGUCAUUAUUUCGAAGCCCAGUAAAAGAGUCCCUGUUCCGCUCUUCUUCUAAAGAGUCCCUGGUACGAACGCCCUCAAGAGAUUCACUGAAUCGGCUGGACGUGGAUGCAGCUGGUCCCACCUUCGAUCCACCUUCUGACAUCGAAAGCGAGACUGAGGAGGCCCCAGGAAAUGCAGACAGCCUCAGCAAGGAACAGCUACUGCAGCGACUGCGCCGAAUGGAGCGCAGCUUGGGCAACUACAGAGGAAAAUAUGCAGAGCUAGUGUCUGCUUAUCAAGUUAUCCAGCGAGAGAAGAAGAAGCUACAGGGCAUUCUGAGUCAAAGUCAGGAUAAAGCACUUCGCCGAAUUGGAGAACUGAGAGAGGAGCUCCAGAUGGAUCAACAAGCUAAGAAACAUCUUCAGGAGGAAUUUGAUGCUUCCUUGGAAGAAAAAGAUCAACUUAUUAGUGUCUUGCAAACUCAGGUAUCGUUGCUGAAACAGAGGUUACAGAAUGGUCAGAUGGGCAUUGAAUUACCUGAUCCAAAUAUCCAGUCUGACCCACAAGUUCAAGGUCCAACAAAAGAAAUCAGUGCAGAAAAUAUUGCGGAACCAGGAAGCAAUGAGGGUAAUGAAGAUUCUGUUAAAACACUGGAAACUCUUAAUCAGAGGGUGAAGCGCCAAGAGAACUUGCUGCAGCGCUGUAAGGAGAUGAUUCGGUCACACAAAGAGCGCUGUGCCCAGCUAACCAACGAGAAGGAGGCGCUUCAGGAGCAAUUAGAAGAGAGACUUCAGGAGCUAGAGAAAAUGAAGGACCUCCACAUGGCUGAGAAGACUAAACUGAUUACACAGCUGCGUGAUGCAAAGAACUUGAUUGAGCAGCUAGAACAAGACAAGGGCAUGGUAAUUGCAGAGACAAAGCGACAAAUGCACGAAACAUUGGAAAUGAAGGAAGAAGAGGUAGCACAGUUGCGUGCUCGGAUCAAACAAAUAACUACAAAAGGCGAGGAAUUGAAAGAACAGAAAGAAAAGUCUGAAAAAGCUGCUUUUGAAGAGCUUGAGAAGGCUCUGAGUAUUGCCCAAAAAACAGAGGAAGCCCGGAAAAAAUUGCAGGCAGAAAUGGAUGAAAAAAUCAAAGCAGUAGAAAAGGCAAAUGAGGAAGAAAGGGUAAAUCUUCAACAGGAGUUAACCAGAGUGAAACAAGAGGUGGUUGAGAUUAUGAAGAAGUCUUCAGAAGAUCGUGUUGCUGAACUGGAAAAAUUACACAAAAAGGAAAUGGCUACCAAAGAUCGGGAGCUAAAUGAGAGAUUGCGGGUCCAAGAAAAGGAGUUCCAUGAGAAGAUGAAGGCAGCUCUUGAGAAAAAUCAGAGUGAGUGUUUAAAAACCCUUAAAGAACAAGAGCAACAGGAAUCCCUAGCCUUAGAAGAAUUAGAGCUGCAGAAGAAAGCAAUACAGGCAGAAUGUGACAAGAAGCUUCAGGAGAUGCAUCAAGAAGUAGAGGCUUCUAGAACUAAGAUCCUUGAAUUGGAGAGCUCUCUUGCAAAGUAUUCACAAGAUGACAGAGACCGAUCAGAGGAAUUGAGCACUCUGAUGGAGUCUGAAAAAAAGCAGCAUAAUAAGGAAAUUAAUGAUAUGGUUGAAAAACACAAGAAAGAAUUGGAGAACAUGCAACAGCAGCAGGGAGAGCUUUGGACAGAAAAACUUCAAAUUCUAAAGCAACAACAUGCAAUUGAAAUAGAAAAAAUGAGAGAAAAGCAAGAACAAGAAAUAGAUACAAUAUUGAAAGAGAAAGAAACAGUUUUCCGUACACAUAUAGAAGAGAUGAAUGAAAAAACUUUAGAAAAACUUGAUGUGAAACAAACUGAGUUAGAAGCACUUUCAUCUGAGCUAUCAGAAGCACUAAAAGUACGUCAUGAUUUAGAGAAAGAACUCUCAGAAUUGAAAAAUAAAGUAGGUGAAGCAAAGCAAGAAUUGGAAGGAAAGUUGGAAGAAGAGAGGAAUCAGCACAAAGAAGAGGUUGAACUUAUGUUAAAAGAGCAUGAGAUCUCUAUUCAAGGAGUUGAGAAGGUACUCAAAGAAGAAUUGAAUCAACUCAAGCAAUUAUUGGAGGAGAAGGACAGACAUCUGGAGGAAAUAAAAGUACAUGAGCAGAAGCUAAAAGAAUCUGCAGAAAGAUCUGAAGCUGAACUUGUCCAAGUGUCCAAAAAACUAGAGGAGGUUUCGCAGUCUCAUCAGAAUACUUCUAAUGAGCAGGCAAGGACAUAUGAAGAGGAAUUAGCAAAGCUGCAGCACAAACUGACAGAUCUGGAAGGAGAAAAAUCACAAUUUAGGGAGCAGUUAGAAAGAGCUGAAUCCCAGCUGAAUGAAGUCAAGAAUGAGUUAGAAUCUCACAUGUCCCAGCUACAUGACCUGAAGCAGCAUUUGCAAGAGCAAAGCAAUGAAAAUACACAGAAAGUAGCCUCUCUCACACAACAAUAUGAAUCUCAACUGAAGGAUCUACAAAGAGAGGCUGAUGAGACAAAGCAAAGUCUAACUGAGAAGGAAAAGGAAAUUGAACACAUGAAGAAGUUACAGAAUGAACAAGUUGAAGAGCUUAAACAGAAAUUGUUAGCCACAGAGGAAAGAACUAGUGCUUUACAAGGAGAAUGUGAAAAUAAACUGAAACGACAGGAAAAUAAAAUGGAGAAAAUGAAGCAGAAAUCAAAAGAUAUGCAGGAAGCCUUUAAAAAGAAAAUUGCCGAGCAGGAAUCUAAACUAAAAAGAGAGCUUCAAAACAAGCAGUUGGAGUUCAGUCAGAAAGAGAGCGAAUUCAAUGCUAAAAUGCUAGAAAUGGCACAUGCCAGCUCAGCCGGAAUCAAUGAUGCUGUGUCAAAACUGGAAUCUAAUCAGAAAGAGCAACUGGAGAGUCUUGCUGAGGCUCAUAGGAGGGAAUUGGAAGAAAUUACCCAGAGCUGGGAAAAGAAACUCAAUCAGCAGGUUGAAGAGCUCCAGGAAAAACAUGAAAUGGAACUGCAAGAGAAAGAGCAGGAAGUUGGAGACCUGAAACAGAAACUUGCCACCUUCAGUGCUGAGAAGGAGGGCUCCAGGACAGAAAUAACCCGACUGAAGGAAGAACAGGUGAAGAGGGAUGAGACCCUGAACCAAUUACAAGAACAGCUAAAGCAGUCAUUCGCUCAUGUGAAUGCUUUGUCAAAUAGUGAAAGUGACCUGAAAACACAGCUCCAGAAGUUGGAAGGUGAUCUUAGUCAGUCCCUGAAAGAGCAAUCAGGGCUUCAGGAACAGCUCAGUAAACAGAAAGCAAUCGAAGAAAAGGACAAAGCCAAAAUUACUGAGCUGGCUGAUAUGCUGAAAACACUUGAGGAGAAGCUCCAAACUGUGCAAUUUUCUCAAGAUAAAGAUCAUGAAAAUUAUGAGAAAAAAAUGGAGGCAUUUCAACAACAAGAAACUGAGUUUAAGAGGUUGUCAGGAGAGCUUGUAGCACAAUUGGAUGCUUAUUGGAAGAAUGCUGAAGAUCUGUUGCAAACAAAAAUCAGUGAAUUAAUUGAAAAGUGUAAUGAAAAAAUUGGUGUAGUAACAUGCAAAAUUGCAGAUUGUGAGCGCCAAACUACAAAAGUUAAAGAAGCGAUAUUAGCUAAAAUAAAUAAAAUUCUUGAGCUGGAAGCUCAACUUAGAGUAGUAACAGAGAAUCAUUCUGCUGCAAGUAGUUCUUUACAAAAGUCAAUGGAGCAGCUGCAAGAGAAAGACAACUUAAUUAGGUCCAUGAGAGCUGAUAUUGAAGGACUUGUAGCAGAAAAGGAACAAUUGCAAAAAGAAGGAGGGCACCAGCAGCAGGCAGCAUCAGAAAAAGAAACUUGCAUAACUCAGCUCAGGAAAGAGUUAUCUGAAAAUAUCAACGCUGUCACCUCAAUGAGGGAGGAACUCCAGGAAAAAGAAUCAGAGAUCUCUGCUCUCAACAGAACAAUUAAUGAGCUUAAUGUUAAACUUGAAAGUAUGGUAAGUUUAACAGAGAAGGAAGAAGCCAUGUCUGUAUUAAGCAAGCAACAUCAAGAGGAUCGAUUGCAGUUGUUAAACCAGGUACAGGAGUUAUCGACCAGUGUUGAGACGCUGAGUCAGGAAAAAGCAUCAGCUCUCGAGCAGGUAGAUCAUUGGACAGCCAAGCUGUCAGAGUGGAAGAUGAAAGCACAAACAAGAUUUACACAAAAUCAUGAAGCUAUUAAAGAUUUGCAGAGCAAACUUGAACUAAGCAAUACCCAAGCCAAUAGAAAAGAUGAAGAGCUAAAUAAGUUGAAAGAGGAGCUGGCUAAACAAGGCAAAAGUCUGGAUAGCUUAAAAAGUGCAUUGGAACAAAAGCAAAACAGGAUAGAAAAACAAGAAAGUGAGUUAACUGCAGAGUUAAAAAUCCAAGCAGCAAGAGUUGCCGAACUAGAAGAAUGCAUUGCUCAGAAAACUUCAGAAAAUGAUUCCUUGAUGGAGGAACUUAAAAAGUAUAAUGAACAGAAAGAGACAGAGCAAAAAGAGGUAGCUUGGCAACUCCAGCAGGCAGAGAAGGUGGCUUUUGAAAAAGACAAUAGGUUUAAAGAGGCUGAAGAAAAGGUGCUCGAUCUUGAAAAGAAAAUAGAUUCAAUCAAAGCUGAAUUUGAAGCAAAAGAGAGGGAAUUUGUUCAAAUGAAAUCAUCAAUACUUAAAAGCAAGGAGGAAGAACUGAAAGAAUUAGAAGAGAGACUGAAUGCAGAGAGUGGCACUAAGUUGGCAGAUCUGAAAAAAAAGGCAGAGCAAAAAAUCGGUUCUAUUAAAAAGCAAUUGAUGUCUCAGAUGGAAGAAAGGGAACAGCAAUUUAAGCAAGAUAGAGAAAAUCAGUUAAGAGACUUAGAACAAAAAGUGCAGGAAAGAGAGGCCAAAAUUGGAUCCUUAAAAGAACAAAUCCAAAAGUCAACAAGAGAGUCUACAGAAUUAGAGAAGGAAAUGCUGCAAAAAGUAGAGAGUGCAAAAGCUGCUGUAGAGCAAGAAAAAAAUGAAAUGCUUGAGAGUGUCCAGCGGAUGUAUGAAGAGAAAAUUCAUGUGUUACGGAAGGACCUGACAGAAAAAGAUGAAUUGGUGCAGAAGUAUGAAAAGGAACAACAAGAAUGUAAAGACUGUCAUCUGGAACUGCAAAACAAACUGGAGGAACUCCUUAAAAAAUUAGAAUGUGUUGAGAAGAGAAAUCACGAGGAGCAGAGUGUGACUGAAAGCCUCAGGAAAGAGCUUAAGGAGCAAACUAAAAAAUACUCAUUGUUAGUGGAUGAGCAUGCUCGGUGUGGUGGUGAUUUAGCAAGCAGUAGGGAAGAAUUGAAAGCUAAAGAACAAAAGCAUUUGGAUAUGGAGAACAUAAUUGGAGAUUUCCAGAAAAAAUUGCAGGAAAAAGAGUCAGUCAGUCAAUCUUUAGAACAGAAGGUAAGAGAGUUGGAAAAUAAUCUGGUGAGGGUAAAUGAAGUGCACAGGAUGGAGAUGGAUGAUGCGAGUUCGAAAUACAAAUUAAAACUAGAAAGUUUACAGCAACAGCUGGAGGAAAGAAAUGACCGCUUGAAAGCUUUUGAGGAAAACGUUGAAGAAAAGACUAAAUCUGGUUUGGAGCUGCAGAAGUUACUAGGUGAUAUGCAGAACCAGCAGAAGGAUUUGCAGGCUAAACUGGAAGAGACUGAAAGAGAGAAACAAAAACUACGUAAAGAUGUAAACAAUCUUCAAAAAGACUUGCGUACUUUGCGAAAAGAGCAUCAGCAGGAGCUUGACAUAGUUAAGAAAGAGUCCUUAGAAGAAAUGGAGCAGAAAAUCAGGUGGGAACAAGAAGAUACUGAAUUAAAGCACAACUCCACGUUAAAGCAGUUAAUGAGAGAGUUCAAUACUCAGCUGGCUCAAAAAGAAAUGGAAUUGGAAACAGCCUUAAAAGAGACGAUCAGUAAAGCCCAGGAAGUAGAAUCUGAAUUGAUAGAAAACCAUCACAUAGAGACAAUGCAGUUGCAUAAAAAAAUCGCAGAAAAAGACAAUGAUCUAAAAAGAACUGUGGAAAAAUAUGAAGAAAUGCUUGAGGCUCGUGAAGAAGAAAUGACAGCAAAAGUUCAUGAGUUGCAGGCACAGUUAGAAGAAUUGGAAAAGGAAUACAAGCAAAGGAUGGCAGAAGAGGAGCAUCGAAACCAUGAAAAUGUGACAAUAGCAGAACUUAAGGCACAGCUGGCACAGAAGACAACACUAGUCAAUGAUUCAAAGUUGAAAGAGCAGGAGCUCAAAGAGCAGAUUCACGUACUGGAAGACCAGCUGAAAAAUUUUGAGAAGAAUGUUUAUGUCACAUCAGUUGGAACACCAUAUAGAGAUGGAAACCUUCACCGUACUGAUGUUUCUCUCUUUGGAGAGCCUACUGAAUUUGAAUACUUGAGGAAAGUGCUCUUUGAAUAUAUGAUGGGUCGUGAGACUAAGACAAUGGCCAAGGUUAUAACAACAGUUCUGAAGUUCCCAGCUGAUCAGACUCAGAAGAUACUAGAACGAGAAGAUGCUCGACCAUUGUUUGCCUCACCUCGCAGUGGUAUCUUCUGAAUAUUCCAUCAGUCUGUGCUUAGUUAGCAUGUGGUCAUGGCUACGACCAUCUUGAAGAAAUUGUGAUGAGAAUGUCUCAUAACAGUGCUGCUUAGAAAUUCGUUCAUAUCUCCGUUGUUGCCCCUUUUGAGGGGACAAGAAGAGAAGCUAUUAUUCAAGGUCACAAAUGGAACAGCAAGAACCAAAGCUUAGCACCACCUUUGGACCAUGGAUAUAGUUAAAACUGCCUUGACAAGAAACGCUAAUCAGGGGUUAUCUGGUGAUGAGUCCUUUUUCUCUCCUAUUGAAUACUGUCUUCUAUUUUGUGUUAAAGGUUAUUUUUUUAAAAGAGAGAAAAGACUAUCCUAGGAGGGAAUUGCCCGCUACUGUAUCUCUAUACAGAUUUCACUGGGUGUUUUUUAAGAGUUGAACUAAAUGGUUUGUCUCUUCUAUUUAUUUUUUUAUUUUUUUGAAUGAAUUGUGCAAUACAUUUUUGGAUGGAUAGCAGUUGAGGUGAUUUUCCUGAUGAACUGGGCACUUGUUUGACUACUCCUUUUCUGAUUUGAUCUUCUGAUUGUUUGCUAAAGAUCACUUCCUAUAUGCUUUUGCCUACAAUAAAUCCAGAUUGCAGUACCUCAUUUGUUUACUCCUAGCUUUUGUACUUAUAUUUUCUGGAGAAAAAGUACAUUACUGUAAAUUGUAAAUAGUUAAUACGUAACUGUAUCAUAUGCUGAUCUGACUGUCGACAGCAGUAAUCUGACAGGAGCUGAGAUUAAAUAAAGUUUAUU